GGCUCCCCAGUCACCGUCAAAAAAGCAGCACGUAUAUAUACAAUAAUUAACUUCUCGUUAUAUUAAUCACACAAAGUGAGCAGCUGAAUUGAAGACCAUAGUUUGAAGAGAAAUGGGAUCACUCGUGCCAGGAUGGGACUCACCUGUCUUAAGGUCCAAGCCAGGAGCUCAGAGGAAUAAAUCACUCACCAAGGAGGAGAUUGAAGCUUACUGGAAAGCACACAAGAAAUCAAAUAGCAUCAGCCGGCAGGAAAUUAGCACCGCUGAUGAACCGGGAAGAAGAUUCCAGAAAUCCAGCUCGUUUCCUGUGACCACAACAAAGAUCAGCAGUACAGAUACUGAAACAAGCCCUAGGACUCAAAAAAUCUUAAACAACAAUGGCUGGUGGACAGCGAGCAAUUGGGCAUUUCUGAAUGAACCUCCGAUAUUAGAAGAAGGCGAUACCAAAACUACUUACGCAGCACAGUUUCAUGUAGCCAACAGCUGGGCCCCUAAAUCAAACGGCCGUGAUCAAAUUAGUACCUGAUUUGUCAAUGAGGCCCAAUAAUCCGGCCCAUAAUAGUGGUUCCAUAUGCUUGAUCCGUCAGUCAUGGGCUUCUAUUUAUGCAACUAGUUUGAUCCGUCACCUUUUUUCUUUUCUUUUUUCAAUGUUUAAAUUGCGAGGAUCUUAUGAUUUAUGAGAUCGAGUUUUUUUGGUAGUCAUAAUUGUGUAUCUUGACUUGUACAAAUUGUGUACGUAUACUUAUUUAUGCGAAGUUUCUUGUUCUUUCUA